AUGCACUGCCGUUCUCUGCUCGCCUCGACGGCUUCAGCCUUAUUUUGCUUUCUAUCAAUCGCAGCCGCACAGUCCUUCAACACGGCCAAUGUCCGUCUGACCUUCUACAGCUUCGUCGACAACACGGACAAUCUCGACGGCGACUGCACCGCCAACUGCAAUGCCGGUGGCACAGCGGGCAAUCUUCAAUUAGCCAUGCAGUGUCCCGGCCGUUCAGGACUUGCCGGCGGCAUAGGUACGCAGGACAGUCCCAUCACUGCCGCCAGUGCGGGCGACGGCCUCCCCGUGGCAGAGUGCGGAUCCUUCUACGUGCCCUACCUGCAGAAAUGGUUCACCUACGAGGACUCCUGCACCGACUGUCAGGCCGAUCCACCGCAUUUUGAUCUCUUUGCUGGAGGAUCGCCAGACAACAACUUUUGUCCUAAUAUUUGUGCGUGCGAAGAUCAGUUGACCCCGGGCGGGGAUACCUGCAUUUACACGGAUAUCAGUGACGGUGGAGGGCUCACGGUCUCAGGAACAUUCGUGCUUCAAGAACAACCCUCAAUUUUCAAUAUCACCACAUCUGGCCAGGCCAGUAUCAUGAAAAAGCCAUUAGAAGCAAAGAUGCCGUCUCCCACCGAAAAUCUGCCAAUCUAUCUGCUCUCAUCCAUCGUCUUCCUCGGCGCGUUUUCAAGGUUCACUCACGGCGUGUACACACCGCAAUGGUACGCUUUCCAGGAGUACCACAGUCCAGACGACGGGUCGACAGUAGCCACCAUCACACCUAUUAUCGACACGCUAGUUGGUCUCAGCCUCCUGUUCGGUAGUCGACCACUGCGACUCCUAGGCGCAGCCACCUCCGUGGUGUUCAUCUCUUUAGGCCUGACGAUGCAAAUCCAAGCCGGCAAAUCCUACGGUCCAGAUAUAGCCCUGAUCGCAUUGGCUACUAUCGCGCUAUUCAGCCAACUUCGAAGAUAGCCCUCAGGCGGAGAUCAUCAUACAUGAUGUACACCAUCUCAAGCGAACUUUUAAUUAGGCCGCGACAAUUAUUUACUCCCUCUUCAAGCCGACCUUGCCCGCCUUCCUCAGUCCAAACGCUGCGACCAAACAGCACAAGAUCAUGGCGCCGAACAUUGCCCAGAAACUCGCUCGAUACCCUUUCAGCAAGGCUGGUGAGGACUUCUUGUUCCGAUACCUUGUCUCCUCCGUGACAAGGUUGGAAAUGACCUGCAUGGUACUCAAGCCGAGCGAGAUGCCAAACUGACUGACUGUGCUAAACACUCCGCCCGCAAGACCUUGCAUCUGCUCCGGGAACCCGUCACUUAUGACGAUCAAGCCGACGGUAAACAGGAUAUCCGCACUCAUUGGCUCAAGAAUCUGAGCGAAGAAUGCCCCAUGCCAGUACUCCAGCCUCGGACUAAUCAAGGCCAUGAGUAGCGGCGACCCGGCUGUACAAGCCGAGGAAAACAGCACUAGCCACAGGACCGGUAUCGCAUCGACCAGGAGUCCGGUGCUCAAAUUCAAAACCGUCCCAAAGAUGAGUGCUGGAAGCAAGCGGAGUGACGCUUGGAGCGCCGGGAGCGAUUGGACCUCCUGGAAGAAAAGACUCGAGUACAACUCCAUCGAGUUCAGCACCCCAUUGGACAGCAGCACGGUAACACACACGCUGGUGAAGGCCUGGUUCUUCCAAAUCGAAUUCGGAAUCAAGGCAGGACGACCGCCCUUCUCUUGUCGGCGAAUCCAGAACGGAAACGCGACCAUGAGCACAACGCUAGUAACGAGCAGGGCAAUGGCGUUUGGGCGUUCAAUGCUCGCACUGUCUGCGCUCAAGACCCUGCCGAAAGGAAUUAGCAUGGGACCAUUUCACUCGCACCACCACUUGUGCGUGAAACUUACGCAAGGACAUAAGAGAACAUAGCCAGUCCGCCGCUGGCAAUCGUGGCACCCACCCAAUCCACCUUGGUCUUGAGCCCCGAGAGCCGUGAUGACCCUUCAACCACGGCAUCGCGUGGAAGCACGAAGAACCCGAGCCCAGCAAACGCCAGCACCGCAGCACCAGGAAUAUAAAACCCCGUUCUCCACCCUGUUGUAUCGACAAAUACUCCACCGAGGACCAGUCCGAACGAGAAUCCCAGAGGCUGACUGAGCCCCAGACAAGAAAAGGCAAUGUUCCGCGGUUUCCCGCUUGCGGCAGUCUGCGUGACGAUGCUCACCGAGCACGGCAGGUGCAUCGACAUCGCGACGCCGGCCAGGGCGCGAAACGCGACGAGUUGCACGCCAGACCUGCUCAAUCCGCAGGCUAGAGCGGAUACGCCAGCGCCAAUGCAUCCGAUCAGGUCGACCAUGCGGCUGCCGACUACAUCAGCAAUGGAUCCAGCGAGGAGCAGCGUCGCGCCGCUGGUCAAGCCGUAGAUGGACGACGGCCAAAGAUACAGCUCUUGGGACAGGCCGAGGUCAGCUGCGAUUGCGGGCAGACCGACGACGAUAACGCCAUUAACGAAGGAGGACAGGAAGUUGAUUGCUGAGAGUUGGAAGAUGAUCGUUGCGGCCCGGAAGCCUACCCAGAGCCUCUCUUUGCGGUCUUCUCCCACGGUGGAUGUGGACGUAGCUACGUUUGUGUCUUCGGGGACGAUCGAUGGGCUGCCCGUGGUUCCAACGUUCGUAGUUGUAGAUGUAAUGUCACGGAGUUCGACACUUCGCGUCCGUGUUGAAGACAUCGUACGACAGUACACGCUAUGCUCGUAGAAAUGUCUCAAUGGUCUUGUAUGGAAGUGCUGAAAAUCGAAGGAGUCAAGGUUUUGGACUU